GCAAAACUAACAGGCUGCUGCUGUAUUAUUAAUAUAUGUCGUCAUCACAAGAAGCCAUUGCAUUAGCAACUGUUUUCAUCAAAAAAUGCAGUUCGGUCAAAACCCUGAAAAAAGCGCGCCAAAUCCAUGCUCAGGUCAUCACUUCCAUACCCGCGGGUGGAAGAUCGCCCUACCUAAACAACAAUAUUCUGUCAAUGUAUUCGAGAUGCGGUUCGGUGUUAGAGGCACACCAGGUGUUUGAUGAAAUGCCUCAAAGAAGUAUUGUUUCUUACAACGCGCUUAUUGCUGCUUAUUCUCACAGUUCCAAUGCAUAUAUGGUGUUCGAGCUGUUGACGCGGAUGAGUCGAGAAGGGUUUACGCCAAACGGACCUACUUUUACUAGCUUGCUGCAAGCAUCUUGUUGUUUUGGAGACGCAACUUUGGGAUCGGCUUUGCAUGCACAGAUUGUGAAACUUGAUUUUAUGAGUGACACAUUGGUUCAAACUUCUUUACUUGGAAUGUAUUCGGAUUUUGGCGAUUUGGAGAGUUCGAAGAACGUCUUCAGCUCUAUGGUUUGGAAAGAUGCUAUGGCGUGGAAUUCGAUUAUAGUUGGGCACAUGAAAAACGAUAAGAUCAUGCAAGGAUUGUGUUUCUAUGGAGGCAUGGUAAAGGCUGGAGCUUUACCUACUCCAUUCACGUAUUCGAUGGUAUUAACCGCGUGUAGCAAGUUACAUCAGCAUGACGUCGGGCAAGUCACUCACGCACGGUUAAUUGUAUCCGGGACACCAACAGAUCUCCCGUUGCAAAACGCAUUGCUAAACAUGUAUUCCAGUUGUGGAGAUACUGAAAUGGAGAUAAAAGUUUUUAAACAGAUAAAGAAUCCGGAUUUAGUCUCAUGGAACUCGAUGUUGUCCGCGUUAGCAGGAAAGAAAGAUGCGGAAAAGUGCGUUGAAAUGUUUAUCCAUCUUCGUAAAGUUUCGUUGAUUAAACCGGAUCAUUAUACAUUUGCGAUAGUAAUAUCCGCAACGAGAUCAUUACCGGCGUGUAGUUACGGAAGACCGCUUCAUUGUCAGGUGAUCAAGUCAGGUUUUGACGUAAGCGUGUACGUUGGAAGCACACUCGUGUCUAUGUAUUUCGAAAACAGGGAUUGUGAAUCGGCCCAAAAGCUUUUAACGUUAAUCGCGAGUAAAGACGUUGUGUUCUGGACGGAAAUGAUCACGGGUUAUGCUCGAAUGGGUGACGGUGAGAACGCGAUCCGAUGCUUCCGUGAAAUGUCGCAAGAACACAAGAUUGAUAGCUUUGCGGUGAGUAUUGCGUUAAGCGCAUGUGCAGAUCUUACGGCUAGCAAACAAGGAGAUAUGAUUCAUUGUCAAGCGGUUAAACGCGGGUAUGAUUUAGAAAUGAACGUUUGUGGAAGCUUGAUCGAUAUGUAUGCGAAAUCUGGUGAUUUAAAAUCCGCAGAGUUAAUUCUUUCCAACGUAAAAACCCCUGAUUUGAAAUGCUGGAACUCGAUGCUGUUAGCGUAUGGUCACCAUGGGAAAGCGGAAAGCGCGUUUAGAAUCUUUGACGAAAUUGUGAAACAUGGAUUAAUCCCGGAUGACGUAACGUAUCUCUCUAUGCUUGCCACAUGUAAUCAUUGCGGUUUGGUCGAUAAAGGGAAGUUUAUAUGGAGCUCCAUGAAGCAAAAGGGUUUGGUUCCCGGAUCCAAACACUAUUCGUGUUUGGUUAACUUAUUAAGCCGAGCGGGACUGUUAACAGAAGCAGAGGCGACGAUCAUGGAUUUGGAUUCGACUUCAAGAACAUUUAGUUUUGAAGUGUGGAGAACGUUACUGAGCUCGUGUGUUGACCGGAGGAAUCUGGAAGUGGGAAACCGUGUGGCUGAAAGAAUUGUGAAUGCGAAUAAAGAAGAUAGCGCAGGGUACGUGUUGUUAACGAAUCUUUACGCGUUAAUGGAUCGUUGGGAUGAUGUGUCGAAAAUGAGAAGGAAAAUAAGAGGGCUUGUAGGGGAGAAAGAUGCAGGGUUAAGUUGGAUUGAGUUGGUUAGUGGCGCACAUGUUUUCUCUUCUGGAGAUAAAACUCACCCUGAGGUUGAUGAAUUACAAACUGAAUUAUUGUCAUUGCAACAGAAUUUGAUGAAACCAGAAGAAGAAGAUAGUUUUUGAUUGAUCAUACAUUUAGAAAUUACUGAAUUAUAUUAUUUUAUUAAUGUA